AUGAAUAUUUUCAAGAUUUUGUUAACAUGCGGAGUGUUUUCCAAUAUUGUGGCAGAAAUUCAGAUCUUAAUCAACCCUGUGAAUUUGCCUGAAAAUAAGCUUCCUGGAACAGAGCUAAGCCGUGCUUAUGACAAAGAUGUGGCUGGAAAACCAAAUGCCUACCACUUUUUGAAUAAAACAAAAGAUUUUGUCAUCGAUGCAAAUUCUGGUGUCAUCACAGCUACAAAAAUCUUUAAUUAUGAAACUGAUCCAACCAGGUUUCUACUUAUAGUUGAUACUGGAGGGGUCAUGAGACAUGUUUUGACCAUUAAUAUAAUAGAUGUUCCAGAACCUCCAGACUGUACUGCUGACCCCCUCUUUUCUUCGGGUUCAGCUACAUUUGAAAUUGCUGAGGACUAUCCACUCUUUCAAUCCAUCUAUAAAGUGACUGUUACAGAUGAGGACAUUGCACAUGGUGACAGGCUAACAUUCAGCAUCGAGACAGAGUUAUCUGGACCAGAGAGGGGAGCACACACUUUUGGAGUAGAUCCUGUAAAUGGUGUUGUUAGCUUAAGAGGUGAAGAUGCCUUGGACUUUGAUGCUGGAUAUCAUACUUUCCAGCUUUCAGUGAGAGCAACAGAUUCUGCGGGUUUGUUCUGUCAAGGGACAAUAAUUAUCAAUAUUCGAAACAUAAAUGAUGAGACGCCUCAAUUUGAGCCAUUUCCUAUGGAUUCAAUUAAUGUGACUGAAAAGAAACCCAUUGGAGAUUUUGUAGCAAGAGUCAAAGCAACAGACCGUGAUCAAGACAGCAGCAUCAUGUAUUCCUUUAAAACUCACCAGGAAAUGUUUGCUUUAGAUCCUUGUGUUUCAGUGUCUGUUGAUGAAAAUAUCCCCCCCUCUGCUUUUAUAUAUGCAAUUCUUUCAAGAGAUCCAGAUCUGGGACAAGAAGUUGAAUUUUUCCAGUUAGUAAUCGCUGUGAGAAAUAGGGACAGCCUGUCUCUGGAGUCAUGUGUGGGCACCAUCACUAUAAACAUCCAAAAUGUUAAUGAUGAAAUUCCUGUUCUGAUAUACAAACCAGAUGCACCUAUAAAUAUUAAUGAAAAUCUGCCUGUUGGAACAAAGUUGGCCAAGUUCACAGCAACAGAUAGAGAUAUAGAAGAUGCCAUACAUUAUGAAUUUAUAGGUACACAAAAAGUGUUUGUUAUAAAUGAAGACUUGGGAGAUGUCUCUGUUGCCUAUCCUUUAGACUAUGAAGAUGAAACAACCCCAAAAUCUUGGGUAUUAUACGUUAGAGUUUAUGACAAUGAGCGAACACAUUCAACAACGGGGACACUCACAGUGAUUCUACAUGACGUCAAUGACAACCCUCCGCAAUGCUCCCAGGAAAUUUAUGUAAUUGAACUUCCUGAGAACAUCCCAGUUGACACCCCUUUAGUGUCCCUAAGUUGUACAGAUCGGGAUGGAACUAUUCCCAACAACAAUAUAACUUAUCAUUUGAUUAAAGACACCUUUUCAAAUAAAACCUUUACUCUUACCAACAAUGAACUGAAAAUUGGACCUAUGCAUCUAGAUUAUGAUAAUCCCAUUUUUUCAGGAAUGGACUUUAAAUAUAUAUUGUUUAUAAGAGUCUCUGAUGAAGGAAUUCCUGUGCUCUCAACCAUCAUUAGAAUCAUAUUAAGGGUGAUCCGUAUAAAUGAAUUUAAUCCUCUUGGGACUAUGAUGGCAUUUACCUUCAGUAUAUUUGAAAACAGUCCAGUUGAUACACUAGUUGGAAAAAUUAUGUAUACAGAUGGAGACUGGCCAUUUAACAAUGUACAAUAUGCCCUUGUUGGAGGCAACUUUGGAAUACCACCCACAUUUUACAUUGAAUCAGAUACAGGAAUGAUAAAGCUGUUGAAUUCCCUGGACAGAGAAGCAGUUUCUCAGUACAAGAUAGCUGUGAGAAUCACAGAUGUGGCCAAUGAUGCUCUCCCUGACCCUCUCAGACAGAGAAGUGCUACCGCUCAGGUGACCAUCCAUGUUCUGAAUGUGAAUGAUGAGCCUCCUGUAUGCACACCACCACAUUUAGAAAUUCGGAUUUAUGCCACCUUUAGGGGCCCUUUCACUCGCCUCAAUUGCUUAGACAAGGAUUCUCCACAGGAUCAUCUAAGCUAUUCAAUCAUAGGAGGAAACUCAAAUAAUCAAUUCACACUUUGGAGAGAAGGUGCUGAGUCUCCAUUUCUGGCCACUGGACAGAAUUUCCAGUAUGAUCUAUUUCAAGGAAUUCAAGAUGUAGUGACGUUCCAGUUACUUAUUGAAGUCACUGAUGAAUUGGGUGAGAAUGCAGCCACUCAGCUGACGGCCACUACUAUAGUCAUAAUUCAUGUGCUUCCCUGGACCACAACACAGCCAACUUCUUCCAGAAAAACAGUUCCAACUUCAAUGACUACCUCUGUCUUAAGGAAGAUCUCAUACUACUGGAGGCCUGACAGCUGGUUUCCUGCAGCCCUCACUAUAACAGGGGCUCUCCUUGGCAUGUGUCUGUAUGCAGUUGCAUGGUGCCUCUUCAAAGAUGUUCCGGCCUGCUCGAGACUGUUUCCUCGCUGUCACCGACAGAAUCAACCAAGUCCCGCUGUGAAGGAAGCUGCACAGGGACCGAGGUAA